AACAACCCCGCGUGGCAUGCGCCCCUACACCGUUACGUACCAUUAUCUAAAAUGGUAGUGGCGGCGAGGCUCAAACUUCUUUCACUCCCUUCUUCUCUUCCCUCUCUUCAUUUCCCCUCGUUGCCAUUCCCAUCUUCCGCAACAAUAUUUGCAUCUCAAUCCAUCAACACUAACCCUAGUUUCAAGCUCAAAAUGGCUUCUUCUUCUUCAUCUUCUUCAUCUUCUUCUUAUGGCAAAGUCAUCGAUUCACAUCUCCACGUCUGGGCAUCUCCUGAAGAGGCUGCUGCAAAAUACCCUUACUUUCCAGGCCAAGAACCCACCUUGACUGGGCAUGUUGAUUUCUUGCUUCAGUCUAUGGAAGAAGCAGGAGUAGAUGGUGCACUUAUUGUCCAGCCAAUCAACCACAAAUUUGAUCACUCUUAUGUGACCAGUGUAAUAAAUAAAUAUCCAAACAAAUUCGUUGGGUGUUGCCUAGCAAAUCCAGCCAAAGAUGGAAGUGGAAUUCAGCAGCUCGAACAUCUUGUAACAAAGGAUGGAUACUCCGCUGUUCGCUUUAAUCCAUACUUAUGGCCGUCAGGUCAAAAGAUGACAAAUGAGGUGGGGAAAGCAUUAUUCUCUACAGCAGGAAAACUUGGGAUUCCUGUGGGUUUCAUGUGCAUGAAGGGGCUAAGCCUUCAUGUCGAAGAGAUAAAAGAGCUUUGUACAGAGUUCCCUUCAACCACUGUACUGCUUGAUCACUUGGGUUUUUGCAAACCCCCAGAAAAUGAAGAAGAUAGUCUUGCACUGUCUCACCUUUUGGAGCUAGCAAGUUUUCCCCAGAUAUAUGUGAAAUUCAGUGCACUAUUUAGGGUCUCAAGAAGGCCAUUUCCGUACUUGGAUUUGACCCGCCUCCUCUCUCAGAUUGUCUCAAGCUUUGGAGCAAACCGCAUCAUGUGGGGAAGCGACUUCCCAUUCGUUGUUCUUGAAUGCGGAUAUAACGGAGCAAUUGAUGCAGUAACAUUAAUAGCCAAUGAAAUAUCUCUUUCUUCUGGCGAGUUGGAGUGGAUUAAAGGCAAAACUGUGGCUCAUCUGUUCCAAAGUCGAUGGAUAUCUUCUUAAUCUAUGUUUUAGUUCCGAAUAGAGCAGAGUUGUACUACAUUUGUGUUUGCCACGUAAAAAUCCUUCAACCCCAUUUUAGCAAUCUUGAAGUCUAUAUUUUAUCUAUAAAAAUGGUUAUUGAUUUUUUGAUAA